AUUUUCAGAUGAGGGUUCGGCCAGCAAGUGUCUAUCGAUACCUGCUUCUCGGUGUUUGCGCUCUUCUCGGUAUCUACACAGUAUACUCGAUUAUCGGAUAUGAUGAUGGAUCACACGUUCCAAUUCACAGACCACAACGUCAUCUUUACCUAACAGUAUCUCAGGAUAGAAUCGGUAGCCGUUUUGGGAAACUUGCCCCGAAACGAAUUCUAUACUGGACUACAAUAUUCGGUGCAACUGUUCCUUCAACUGCUCUUUCAGACUGUCCAGGAUUAACGGAUCGUUGUGUAAUUGAUACAAAUCGCCAUCAAUUGGAUUCGGCUGAUGCUGUCGUAUUUCAUGCUGCUGAUAUUUCAAAGUUUCCUCUGCCUGUCUCGAGGAAACCUGACCAAAUUUUUGUCUUCAACUCAAUGGAAACCCCUGAUAAUAGUGGUCGUUUUGCAGUUCCAGAUGGAUUUUUCAACUGGACAUCAACUCAUCUUUACUCUUCCGACGCGAUUCAUAAAUACGGAACAUUUUUGAUUCCAACUCAAAUUGCAGAAAGUCGAGGAUUCAAAGUGCAAAGUUACUAUGUGCAACCGAAAAGACUAGUGAAAACGAUGAAAGGAAUAUUCGGGCUCAUUUCCAAUUGUCAUACAAAAUCAAAAAGAGAACUUGCACUUCAGGAACUCGGAAAACAUAUCAAUGUAACAAUUGGAGGAAAAUGUGCAUCCGAUGAUCGACUUAAAUCUAUUUGUCCUGCUGGAGUAGAGUGCAUUGAUGUAUUCGAGCAGUAUCCAUUCUACAUUGCGAUCGAGAAUACGGUGUGUAAUGACUACGUGACUGAAAAGAUUUGGUCUCGAAUCACCGUUCCAAGCAUUCCAAUUGUGAUGAGACGAAGAGUGUAUCAAAAUAUACUUCCUCCAAAAUCGUUCAUUGCCAUGGAUGACUACAAGAAUCCUUCCGAAAUGGCCAAUCAUCUCAGAUCUCUCGAGGCCAAUUCAACUGCCUAUGGAGAAUAUUUUGAAUGGCGUCAAAAGGGUUUAUGGACUUCUGCUCCUUGGAACGCUCCUGGAUAUCGCAAUGGAUUGUGCCGUGUCUGUGAGCUUCUCUGGAAAGCGAAAGAUAACGAAACAGAAGUUUAUAAAUCGUACGACAACAUUUGGAAAUGGUUUGACAACGAAUCUCAAUGCGAAACGGACGAAUUCGUGCGCAGUUGGCUCAGUGGUUAGAAUUUGAGCCCAUUGGAACUUUCUCCUGAUGUAUAUACGAUUUUUAUAUUGCAACGAUGAUGCUUUACUUAAUUUCUCACUCUCCGGGUUACUAUGCAUACGCCAAACGAUUUAAAUUUGUCAUAAAUAAAUAGGUUGAUAUACAAU